CACAAUUUUGAAAUUAUCUUUUCCUUAUAGCCGGUUUCUAUUACGAACCGGAGCAUAACAAUGAAGGCGGCAGUCCUUACAAUAUUUACUAUCGUGUUUGUGUUGCUCAGUGAAACAAAUGCGGCUGGAAAGGCAAAAAAACGUAAUUUAGUUGUGACAAAUAAUCCAGAUUGUACAAACAUCGCAAAUCAAUUAAUCUCAAAAGGUGGAAAUGCACGGGAAGUAUUCAUAGCUGUUUCAUUAUGCGAAGGUCUUGUGCAUCCUAUGGAUUCUGGAGUAGGUGGUGGAUUCCAGGCUGUGUAUUACAGCAAAGGAAGUAAAGGAAAGCGAUCGAAGGCAUAUUAUAUUAAUGCUAGAGAAAAAUCUCCGAGUAAUGCGACGUUUGCGGAUUACGAAUUAACCGAGGGAAAUUCAGUUGGAAUUCCAAGUGUAUUGAAGGGUUACGAAACAUUAUAUAACAUAGAUAAAGACAAGAAUAAACUAAAAUGGAGUGAUAUAAUUGCUCCAGUUAUUGAUUUAUGUGAAAAAGGUUUCAUUAUGUCUCGAACAGUUCGAAAUAUGUUUGAGGAAUAUAAUAAGAUUGCGCAUUACGAUCAAAUAAUCCAAAUGAAUAUGGAAACAAAUGAGUACAAAAAUCCAAUUUUUUGUAAAAUGUUACGACAAAUUAGUGCAGAUGGACCAUCAUCUUCGUUGUAUAAAAAAAAUGGUAAAUUACAUAAAAUGCUAAUGAAAGAUUUGGGUGCAACAUCUUCGUUUCUCACAUCGAGAGAUAUACGAAACUAUAAAGUGAAAGUUCAAAAACCUGCAACUGGAAAAUUUGGCAAGUAUACAGUUUAUACAACCAGAGUUCCAGGAAGUGGUUACACCGUAUUAUUUGCAUUAAAAAUGAUGGAUAGAGUUAAAGCAUUAAUGAAGAAAGAUGCCACACAAGCUGAAAAAAUUGUAUAUUUAUUAAAAAUCCUCAAAUAUACGUAUGCGUUCCAACCACAAGUACGGGAAAUAAAGAAUGCAACAAUCCAUAAAAUCAUUAACAAAGCUGGUAGAACAAUUGGAUCAGGAAUUGUUAAAAAUGGUUUAGAAAUUUCAUCAACAAUCCCCCGGAAAUUUGGUGAUGUGAAGUUAGCACGAAUGGUAUCACCAUUAGCUCACGGUACCACAAAUGUAGUCGUAAAAGUUGGACAUACUUCUGUAUCUGCCACAAGUACAAUUAAUCAUACAUUUGGUUCUGGUAUUUUAUCAAAAACAAUGGGAUUCUUUUAUAAUAAUCAAAUGCGUGAUUUUAAUAAUCCGAAUUGGAGACGUAAAGGAAAACCAUUACGGAAUGCACCCGGUCCGAAUAAAGUACCAGGUUCAUCGAUUUCCGGUACAAUAAUGGUUGAUCCAGAUGGUGUACCAGUUUUCCAAAUUGGGGCGGCAGGAGGUGGUAAAAUUUUAAGUGCAAUUGUUAAUACAUUGUAUAAUUAUUUUGUGCUGAAUCAAUCUUUAGAGAAAGCUUUACAAGCUUGUCGAUACACGCCUCUUUUUAACUAUAACAAAAAUCAUAUCAAAUUUAUGUAUGAAUGUAUUGGCGAUGAAAAUGUAGCAAAUCAAUUACGGGCAAAGGGCAUUGAUUUCCAGUUAGUUGUUGAAUCUGGAUAUUCAGCAGCAACUGCAUUAUCACAAAUUCGUUCGAAAUCGGAAGCUGUAUUCGAUAGACGGCGAGGUGGUUCAUCGUUAUUAACCUAAGAAUACUAGAUUAAGGAUGUACGAGCGCCAGGGAAAUUUUGGAUAAAAGGCAUGAUUUUUUUUUAUAUAAAGUUUAAUAUAGUCUGAAUCAAUUCUUUAAGAGAAUUUUAAAGGGUUCGAAAAUU